CGCACGCGCCUGUUUCCACACGGAACUAUUAUUGUGGAUGACGCGUUGACGCUGAGCGAUUGUGACUACACGCGAAUUAUGAUCCAUCGCAAACUUUCCUACAGCCAUCGAUUAUUGGAUAUUUACAGGGUUGCGUAUAUUUUUUAGUUAAAAUGGAGUCUGGAGGUUUAAUCUGCUGCGAUUAAUGGUUGCUCCUCGUGUCAGCUGGUUAAACCGAGUGUGAUUGUUUCAUCUGCGGUGAUUAAUGGGUUUACAUGCAGAUGAUGAACUUCCUCCGCAACCGUCUGGUUGUGUUGGGGCUGGUGCUGCUGGCCACAGUGCUGCUGUAUCUGCUGCUGCCCUCCAUGCGGCAGGGGAGCAAGGAACCGUCUCUGGAGGUGCAGCAGCGGAGGGGUCUGAUCGCCGCCUCUCCUCCUCCUCCGCCGCCGCCGAACAGCAUCAACAUCACGGUCAGGACCGGACAGCUGCCCGGAGACCCGCCGCUCUUCUUCAGAGAGGCUCUGCCUGUGGACAGCGCUGGGCGGCAGAUUGUGCCCAGGCUGCAGAUGGUGCUUCUUCAUGGUCAGGCCUUCACCUCUAAGACUUGGGAGGAGUUGGGCACCCUCAGCCUGCUGGCGUCCAAUGGGUACCAGGCCCUUGCUCUCGACCUGCCCGGUUUUGGGAAUUCUCCGGAUUCAGAGUCUGUAAAGUCGGAUCAGAGCCGUGUGGACCUGCUAAAGCAUUUUCUGGAGUCUCUGGGCGUGCGAGCACCGGUGUUACUGAGCCCGUCUAUGAGCGGCCAUUACGCCCUGCCGUUCCUCCAGAAACACAGCACCCAGCUGCAUGGCUUUGUGCCCAUCGCCCCCGUGGGCACCCGUGGCAUCACCCCACAGCAGUACCGCGACAUCCAGACUCCUACACUGAUCAUAUAUGGAGAGUUAGACACCAACCUGGGCGCCCAGUCUCAGAAGAACCUGAUUCAGCUGCCUCAUCACACCGUGGUGAAGCUGGCAGGAGCGCGACACGCCUGUUACAUGGACAAACCCCACGAGUUCCACCGCACUCUGCUCGACUUCCUCAGCAAACUCCAAUGAGGGACGGAGAGAGUGAGAACGGCUCAAACACACAUGUGAACAUGACUUUGGAAGAAACUGGGUGAAGAAAAAGACUGACGCGAGACAAGAAAAUGAUGAAGAGGACUGCGGUGCAGCUGUAAAACCAGUCCUGAAGUGUAACACAACACCUGAACGUUCUAUCAGCCAUCCACAUCAACUCACUCCAUAUAAUUUCCCUGCGUGCAUCACCAAGAUAUUAGAUAUUAUAAAAAUCAAACAAACAAAACUUCUGCAGAAUUACUAUAGUAGAGCUUCUUUUGUAGAUUGUAAACAUUUCCUUUAUCAGUUUUGACAUCGUUGCCUGUAAUGGCCUGUCCGACUUUUGUUACAUUUUCAAGCCUGAGGGUUUUCUGUAAUGCUGUUCUCAUGGUUUCCAGUCUGAGGGAGGUUCCUGUCACAUAGUUGCCCUGGCCUUCUUUCUGAGAGAUGUACCUGUUAACACAAUUGCCAUGGUUUUCAGGCUAAGAAGUGUUCCUGUGAAUCAGUUGGCAUGGCUUCCAGACUGACAGUUAUUCCUAUAACACAUUUGCCAUAGGUUCUAGUCUGACAGUUGCUUCUAAUAACAUGGUUGCCAUGAUUUCCACUCUGAGGACAGUUUUCUGGUAACUCAGGUGCCAUGUUUUCUGGUCUUUGGCUGUUCCUAUAAUAUAAAUUCCAUGGUUUCAUGUACAAGGGUUGUUUUUUUUAAUACGAUUGUCAUGGUUUUCUGUAACAACGUGAGUCACAUAAAGCCAAAAAUCAGUGUCCCCCCAUCUUAAAUAUGCUUGACAGAAGUCUUGACAAGAACAUCUCAGAGAAGAAAUCACUGUUUAAUCACUUUUGGCUUGAAUAGGU